AUGGAUUCUAAGCGGAACUGGAUUCUCGUGGAAGCAUCGACGUCCGGCUCCGCAACGCCCAUUCAUAUCCGCGGAAGUCACCGGAGGAACGGUCCGUUCAUGGAGCAGCACAGAGAUGAGGCUCGACUGCACACUAUUAAUCGGCUAAAUGAUCGAAUUCAUCAGCGUAUCAUGGAUAAUUAUCGGAAUGGUACGUCAGAAUCAAUCGGUGAAGGAACGAAAGUUGUGGAUGAGAGUUUUCGGUUUAUAGAUGAUGAGCAGAGCAGAAUUGAUCCAGAACCGAUGUCAAAUGUCUCCGAUCGGCUUGAUUCCAUUGUAUCUCGGAGAAAUUCUCAGGGAGAAGUAGAAGCUGUAUACGAAAGAAGAGUACCAUCAACCUCAAGUCGAGAAGACGUUCUUCGACCACAGUCGAUUCUUCGGCAUCCACCACUGUUUGAAGAGCCUUUAUAUGUCAAGCCAGCUAUCCGAUCUUUGAGGUCCAGUCGAGCCAACGUUUCUCAACCCAAGCCACGUAUGGGAUUACGUCGGAAUGGUCGCGAUAACCGAUAUCGACGUACCGAUUCCGUCGGUGAAAACUUAAGAUAUGGUAGAAGCGAAAUCACUCACUAUAGACGGGCAGAUUCAUUAGAUUCUGGAAGCUUAAGGAUACAUAGACAACGGCCACAAUCAAGAUGGUCCUUUUACCCAGAUAAGCCAUAUUACGGAAGGUAUCACGGAGUAGAUGAUGUUCGUCGUGAAGAAUGGGCAGACGAGCCUCGCCCAACUUUUCUUCGUCGUACGCCACAUUUUUAUGAUAAAUGCGAUUUGUGCGCAUUUAGAAUCAUGCGAGUUGGAGACUUUUGCCCUGUAUGUGGAUUAUGA